UCUUUGCUUUAUCAACGUUUCGCUGUUGAAAGGAUAAUUUUAAAAUUAAUUGAUUUUACCUAUUUUAUUAUCAAGUAUUUUGUUUAUAAUCCUUUUCUAUCAGCAUGGAUGCUGCUCGAAAUGAUUUUGCGACGUGGAGUAAUAAAAAGACACAACGUUUUGAAUCGAAAAAGAGAAAAGUUGAAGCUCUUUUAAAUUUGUUCGAAAAUGAAGAAAAGAUGCAUCCACCUGCAAAAAAGAAAAGUAAAGAUUCAUUAACUGAGGAAUACAAAUAUUUAAAAGAGCAGUUAAAGCGGUAUGUUAAAAAACCCGAAAUAGAACCUUUCUUUUCCCUCUCAUACGGUGGUAAAAAAGCUCAGUUGAAUUUCAAAGAUUGUAAAUUAGGCAACGUUUCUGAAAAUAUUGAGCCCUUAUUUAUCGAGGACAUUUAUCAGCUGUUGCUGAAAUCAGUAAUUGGUCAUAUGUCGCCUUACCCACUCGUUUGGGCAAAUUUGGAACAGCCCCAGAAUGUAGCGAAAACUGUGCUGUUAGUUGUUGAAGGUUUCACUAAAUAUAAUAUUAUAAGUAACAUUUCAAAAUUAAAGAAUAUGACAGUAUUCCCGCAUGUAGUUGAAAUUGUGUCUUCAAAUAUUCCCUUUGCCACAGAGUUGAGUACAUUACAUUUAGUGACAGAUUUUCACAUUCGGGCUAAAGGCUCUUAUUCUACAAUGUUUCCCAAAGAACAACAAGUAAAGGUAGAGCCAUCUCAAAGUUGUAAAUCUCCUUCUAAACUGCAUUUGCUCCUUAGUCCUAUUCAAAUGGUGAUGGAAAAUUAUCCUUUUCCAACAAAUGUGUUUGAAUAUUCUAAGAGUGAUGGUUAUGUGUUUACAAAAAAAUCUUAUGCUCCAGUGAGUGAAAACUCUCCUAUGUUUGCUAUUGAUUGUGAAAUGUGUCGUACAGCUGAAAAUCCGACUGAGCUUACUAGAAUUGCUGUUGUUAAUGAAAAAUUGGAAACGAUUUAUCAUACCCUUGUGAAGCCAGAAACAAAAAUUAUUGAUUAUAUGACAAGAUUUAGUGGUAUAACAAAAGAAAUGUUAGCUGAUGUAACUGUAAAACAUGGUGAUGUUCAACAAAUGCUGCAAAAAUUACUACCUUCAGAUGCCAUAUUAGUUGGUCAGUCCUUAAACUGUGAUUUGCAUGCUUUAAAAAUGAUUCAUCCAUAUGUCAUUGAUACAAGUAUUAUAUUCAACUCCAGUGGAAUUAGGGGUAAGAAGUCAUCCUUAAAAAGUCUCACACAGACAUUUUUAAAAGAAAUUAUUCAAGAUAAUAAGAAUGGUCAUGAUCCCGUAGAAGAUGCUAUUGCAGCGAUGAAACUUGUUCAGCUAAAAUUAGAGAAUAGUAUUGGAUUUGGAGAUGCCUGUUUGUUAGAUACUUCUAAAAUAAAAGAAAAUGAUAUUGAAAGUAAUUCCUUUCAAUCUUCUUCUAAUAUAAGAAAUGUUGCCAAUGGAUGUUCUAUAUCGAAAACCGUGCCAGUUUCUGUAAAAAAAGAUAAUGGAUUUUUUGCAAAGGUUGCAGAGUUUUCUAAAAAAACUUGUUUGAUUGGCAGUGAAGCAUCUCUUAACCAUUAUGACAGUAGCAUGCUGAAUAAAAAUGUUCAGAAGUUUUUAAAACCAAAUACUGAGAAAAUAGUGAAAACAACUUUGAAGGAAAUUAAAAACAAUGACCUUAUAAUAAGUCAUGUUUGUUUUGAUCUUGAAUCAGAGCAAGAUUUCCUAGUUAAAUUGAACAAUAUUCUUGGUGAUGUUCAUGAAGCUUGUGUUGACAGAACUAUGUUUAUGGUUCUUAUUUCUGGUGUUGAUGACAAAAACUUUACAGAUAUUAAAAGUAAUCUCUUUAUGAUAACUCUAAAGAGAAUAAAUUAAAGUAUAAUAGCUUUAAAUUUAAAUAAAUAUGUUAAUAUAUUUUACUGAAUAAAAUCUGUUAUUUGAAAGUGUUUAAAUAAAAG